AUGAAUAAAGAACAAAAACUUGAAAAACUCAAAAAAGAAUUACAAGAAUUAAAUGAUGAAUAUAAGUCAAUAAAAGAACAGGAUUACAAAAAAUAUAACCAUAACACUAUUGCCCAACAAUUAAAAUAUAACCAACCAUUACAAAUAACUAAAGAAGAAAUAGAACUAAAAUUAGAUUAUUUAUUAAAAACAAUUU